AUGGAAACUGAAAUUCGAAAUUCUCAGUCGGAUAAAAAUGAUAUAGUUGGUAUUGAAACCUUGUUUACUGGUUUUAGAGAAGCAUUAGACCAACAUUAUAAUAGAAGAGAAAGAAUCAUCAAAUGUUCAAGGGAUAUUACAUAUUUGAGUAAAAAGUUAAUAUUUCUUGCUCAUAGAGCAAACCAAAAAACAUUAAAAUCGGUUUUAGAAGAAGCAGCAACAAAGAAAAAAGAAAUACUUGAAUUAUUUCAACAAAUUUCUUGUGAUUUAGAAGAUGCAAAUUAUUAUAGGUAUCACAAAAAUAUUUCUCCUGCAAUUCAGGAAUAUAUUGAAGCUGUGUCAUUUCUAGAAUACUUGGAGCAUGAUCGAUUAAUCCCUAAGGAUAAUGUUGAUUCAGAUUUUAAAGACCAAUCGGGCAAACUUUUUCUUCACGUUUUAGCUGAAGAUUAUGUUUUAGGUAUAGCUGAUCUAACAGGCGAAUUAAUGCGUUAUGCUAUUAAUAGUAUUGGCAAAGGUGACCAUAAUCGCGCCAUACAAGUUUGUCAAUUUUUAAGGAUUUUAAAGGCUGAUUAUGAUGCCUUUAAAAUUCCAAGCAAGUCUCCAUUAGCAAAAAAAAUGGAAGGAAUUAAAAUGAAUUUAGCAAAGGUCGAAGACGCUUGCUACGCUUUUACGAUCAGAGGUUCUGAAUAUCCAAAAGAAUUUUAUCAACAUAUAGUUAGUAUGCAUUCGAGAAAUUAUGAAG